AUGGAUGAAGAAAAAUUAAACUGUACAUUUUUAAUAGUAGGUGGUGGUAUUGCUGGAGUAUCUUGUGUUGAAAGCUUAGCUUUUCUUGCUCCAGAAGAAAAAAUCAUUCUAAUUACACCAAGUCCUUUAAUAAAAACAGUCACAAAUAUAAUUCCACUUGGUAAAACUUUAAUGCAAUUUGAUAUAGAAGAAAAAGAUAGUACAGUUUUGAUGAAAAUACAUGAUUUAUUAAAAAUUAUUAAUGAUUUAGUAAUAAAAAUAGAUAGUUUAAAUAAACAAGUGGAAACUAAAAAUGGAAAAAUUAUAAAUUAUAAAAUGUUAUGUCUUUGUAAUGGUGCUAGACCAAAACUUAUAGAAAAUCAUAAUAAUUUUAUAUUAGGUAUAAGAGAUACAGAAUCAGUUCUUCAAUUUUCUCAAAAAAUAAAGAAUUCAAAAAGAAUUGUAAUAGUUGGAAAUGGAGGUAUUGCAACUGAAAUUGUGCACGAAGUAGAUGGUCUUGAAAUGAUAUGGGUAAUUAAGGAUAAACAUAUUUCCGCAACUUUUGUUGAUCCUGGAGCUUCAGAAUUCUUCAUGAACAAAAUAUAUAAAAAUGGUACAUUUGUAAAUGCUAAUGUAAGUUCUUUAACUAAAAGAAUGAGGUAUACUGUCUCUGAUAUUACAGCUGUAACAGAUGGACCAGCUUUAGGUCCAGAUUGGCAUAACAAUUUUAAUAUAAAAAGUAGUUAUCUUAAAUCUGCAAAAAUACAAAUAGAAUACGAAUGUGAGGUAAUUAAAAUUCUUAAUAAAUCAGAACAAAAAGAAUUUGAUCCUAUAGAAGAAUGGCCUAUAUAUGUUCAAUUAACAAAUGGAAAAAUUAUUGGUUGUGACUUCAUUGUGUCAGCAACUGGUGUAAUUCCAAAUUCUGAUAUAAUAGGUUUGGAAGAUCUAAAAAAGGAAAAAGAUGGAGGAUUAUUGGUAGAUUGGAAAUUAGAAACUUCUAAACGAGAUAUAUACGCUGCUGGAGAUAUAUGUAGUGCAGGAUGGGAAUUAGCAAAACAUUGGUUUCAAAUGAGAUUAUGGACUCAAGCACAUCAGAUGGGUCAAUAUGCAGCAAAAUCAAUGGUUUCUAAAAUGAAAAAUGAAGAGUUUCUACAAGAUUUCUGUUUUGAACUUUUUACUCAUGUAACUAAGUUUUUUGGUUACAAAGUAGUUUUACUUGGUUUAUAUAAUGGACAAAAGUUGGAUAAUAAUUACGAAGUAUUAUUACGCAUAACUAGAGGAGAAGAAUAUAUAAAACUUAUAUUAAAAAAUGGUAAAAUGCAAGGAGCAGUUUUAAUUGGAGAUACUAAUUUAGAAGAAAUGUGCGAGAAUUUAAUACUUAAUCAAUUAGAUUUAAGUAUCUAUGGAGAAGAUUUAUUGAAUCCUGCUAUUGAUAUUGAGGAUUAUUUUGAUUAAUUAUAAUAUAAAACUUAUAUAGUUAAUUAUUAUAUUAUAA